ACAACUGCAGCACCUACAACCACAACUGCAGCACCUCAAACCACAACAGCAGCACCUACAACCGCAACUGCAGCACCUACAACCACAACUGCAGCACCUACAACCACAACUGCAGCACCUACAACCACUAUUGCAGCACCUACAACCACAACUGCAGCACCAACAACCACAAUUGAAGCACCUACAACCACUACUGCAGCACCUACAACCACAACUGCAGCACCAACAACCACAACUGCAGCACCAACAACCACGAUUGCAGCACCUACAACCACAACUGCAGCACCUACAACCACAACUGCAGCACCAAAAACCACAACUACAGCACCUACAACCACAUCUCCAGAACCUACACCCGCAACUGAAGCACCUACAACCACAACUGCGGCACCAAAAACCACAACUGCAGCACCUACAACCACAACUGCAGCACCAAAAACCACAUCUGCAGCACAUACAACUACCACUACUGCAGCACCUACAACCACAACUACAGCACCUACAACCACAUCUGCAGCACCUACAACCGCAACUGAAGCACCUACAACCACAACUGCAGCAUCAAAAACCAAAACUGCAACACCAAAUACCACAACUGCAGCACCUACAACCACAACUGCAGCACCUACAACCACAACAGCAGCACCUACAACCGCCACUGCAGCACCUACAACCACAACUGCAGCACCUGCAACCACAACUGCAGCACCUACAACCACUACUGCAGCACCUACAACCACAAAUGCAGCACCAACAACCACAAUUGAAGCACCUACAACCACUACUGCAGCACCGACAACCACAACUGCAGCACCAACAACCACAACUGCAGCACCAACAACCACGACUGCAGCACCUACAACCACAACUGCAGCACCUACAACCACAACUGCAGCACCAAAAACCACAACUACAGCACCUACAACCACAACUGCAGCACCAAAAACCACAACUACAGCACUUACAACCACAUCUGCAGCACCUACAACCGCAACUGAAGCACCUACAACCACAACUGCUGCACCAAAAACCACAACUGCAGCACCUACAACCACAACUGCAGCACCAACAACCACAACUGCAGCACCUACAACCACAACUGCAGCACCAACAACCGCAACUGAAGCACCUAAAACCACACCUGCAGCACCUACAACCACAACUGCAGCACCUACAACCACAACAGCAGCUCCUACAACCACAACUGCAGCACCAAAAACCACAACAGCAGCACCAAAAACCACAACUGCAGCACCUACAACCACAACUGCAGCACCUACAACCACAACAGCAGCACCUACAACCGCCACUGCAGCACCUACAACCACAACUGCAGCACCUGCAACCACAACUGCAGCACCUACAACCACUACUGCAGCACCUACAACCACAACUGCAGCACCAACAACCACAAUUGAAGCACCUACAACCACUACUGCAGCACCGACAACCAGAACUGCAGCACCAACAACCACAACUGCAGCACCAACAACCACGACUGCAGCACCUACAACCACAACUGCAGCACCAAAAACCACAACUGCAGCACCAAAAACCACAACUGCAGCACAUACAACUACCACUUCAGCACAAACCACCAUAACUGCAAUACCUACAUCCACAACUGCAGCACCUACAACCACAACUGCAGCACCUAGAACCACAACUGCAGCACCAACAACUGCAACUGAAGCACCUACAACCCCAACUGCAGCACCAACAACCACAACUGCAGCACAUACAACUUCCACUUCAGCACAAACCACCACAACCGCAGGACAAACAACCACAACACCUACCAACACAACUGCACACCAACAACCACAACUGCAUGCAGCACCUACAACCACAACUGCAGCACCAACAACUGCAACUGAAGCACCUACAACCCCAACUGCAGCACCAACAACCACAACUGCAGCACAUACAACUUCCACUUCAGCACAAACCACCACAACCGCAGGACAAACAACCACAAUUGCAGCACCUACAACCACAACUGCAGCACCUACAACCACAACUGCAGCACCAACAACCGCAACUGCAGCAACUACAACCACAACUGCAGCACCUACAACCACAACUGCAGCACCAACAACCGCAACUGAAGCACCUACAUGCAGCACCUACCAACACAACUGCACAUCAACACCCACGACUGGAUCUCCUACAACCACAACUGCAGCACCAACAACCACAACUGCAUUACCUACAACCGCAACUGAAGCACCUACAACCACAACUGUAGAACCUACACCCACUACUGCAGUACCUACAACCACAACUGCAGCACAAACCACCACAACCGAAGGACCAACAACCACAACUGCAGCACUUACAACCACAACUGCCGCACCUACAACCACAACAGCAGAACCUACAACCACAACUGCAGCACCUACAACAACAACUGCAGCACCAGCAACCGCAACUGAAGCUUCUACAACCACAACUGCAGCAAACAACAGCUGCUGCCCCCACAAACAGCACAGAGGUAAUUACAACAACAGCAUUUAUGACCACAACUUCGGCACUAACAACCCCAACGAUACCAGCAAGAAUUACAACCACAGCACCAAUAAGCACAACUGCAGAGCCAGCAACAUCAAUUGCAGAACCUACUUCAGCAAUGGCUGUGCCUGCAACCAUCACAAAUCUAGCGCCAACGACCACAUUUGCAACUCUAAAAGCAAAUGCUGUUCAAACAACUACAGCACAGACCUCAGCAACCUCUGCAAAGACCACAAUUUCAGAACUAACAAUCAUGUCUGUAACUCCAACUACCAGAACUGCGCAAUACAACUACUACACCAACUACUACUCUUAACUACCACCACAACUCCAACCACUAAAACUACUACUACAACCACAACACCAACCACUACAACAACCAAACCAACUUCUACUCCAACCACUACAACCACCAAACCAACUUCUACUCCAACCACUAAAACCACUACUCCAACCACUACCAUCACAACACUAACCACUAAAACUGCUACUUCAACCACUACCACCACAACACCAACCACUAAAACUACCAAACCAUCUACUGCUCCAACUACUACCACCACAACUCCAACCACUAAAACUACUACUUCAACCACUACCACCACAACACCAACCACUAAAACUACCAAACCAUCUACUGCUCCAACUACUACCACCACAACACCAACCACUAAAACUACUACUUCAACCACUACCACCACAACACCAACCACUAAAACUACCAAACCAUCUACUGCUUCAACUACUACCACCACGACUCCAACCACUAAAUCUACUACUUCAACCACUACCACCACAACACCAACCACUAAAACUACCAAACCAUCUACUGCUCCAACUACUACCACCACAACACCAACCACUAAAACUACUACUUCAACCACUACCACCACAACACCAACCACUAAAACUACCAAACCAUCUACUGCUCCAACUACUACCACCACAACUCCAACCACUAAAACUACUACUUCAACCACUACCACUGCAACACCAACCCCUAAAACGACUACUUCAACCACUACCACUACCACCACAACACCAACCACUAAAACUACCAAACCAUCUACUGCUCCAACUACUACCACCACAACUCCAACCACUAAAACUACUACUUCAACCACUACCACCGCAACACCAACCCCUAAAACUACUACUUCAACCACUACCACCACAACACCAACCACUAAAACCACUACUCCAACGACUCCAACUAAUAAACCAACCACUGGAACCACUGCACCACCUACAAAAACUACUACUAAAACAACAACCACCAGUGAUGCAUCUAGCAUCCGGCUGAGUGUAUUUCAUCUACUUCUUGGACUUUUAGUGUUUUUUUUCUAAAUAAUUUUACACAAAUGAGAACAAUCACAUUUAAUCAGGUCAUUAUUUGGAAGACUUGUCUUCAGUCUGGUUUAUUUGUUUUACACUAUUAAACUGAGGUGUCGAUGUAUUUAUAAGUUUAUUUUACAUUGCCUGAGAAAACUAUGGGAAAAUAAAUGGAAUUAAAUUUUAUUUAUAAGUUUAGACAAUAUUUUUUCUAUUUAUCAAUUAUGUUCCUGUGUUGUUGUUGUUGUUUUGUUUUGUAUUUGGUUUUGGUUUCCUUCUUCAUUUUUGCAAUUAACAUAAUUAUAUAAGUGAUGUCUGGGAUUAUAAAAUAAAUCUAGUUGAAUUAAACAAGGUUUAAUUAGUUAUCUAAUUAAUCUUAACCCAUCAAAUGCCAGUUCAGUUCUCUGCGAUUCGGCUGGUCAUGAAGUCCUCUCGGAAAGCCAAUAGUUUGACUUCUGGAUAUCACAGGCCUCUGAAUCAGCAGUUCGGAGAUAGCCCCCUGGGUCUGCAGGCGGACCGUUUCAUGGCUGAUGAGUUAUUUUGCAGAUUAAACAAAUAAUAAUUGGUUGAUUCUGCAAAAUGAUGAUUCUUUGUGCCACUAAAAUUAUCACACAGAAAACUCUGGAUUGAUUUCCCAUUGGAUGGCAAUUUAGCGUUAGCUGGAAGCUUUUAACAGGAACUGCCGAAUAUAGGAAGUGCUUUCUCUUUUAAGGGUUCAUUGUUUAUAAGUUUUGGACCAACCAGAUUUAUGAAAUUUUAAUCGGCGUUUUCAAAGAGUCAUCUGACCUUUGUCAGACAACUUUAUUUCAAUUAAUAUGUGAAAUAAAUAUGUUCAACGGUCAUUUGUUAAUACUGAUAUCAAUAUGUGACAUAACUGAUAAUAAAUCAUUAUUAAAUCAUCAA